AUGGCAGGGAAGCCCCUCAAGAAGUCCUCUGUCCCUGGGGUGAGCAUCCAGCAGCUGGUGGAGAAGAUCCCUGAAGGAUGCAGCAUGCCGGACUUUCAGCAGAAGCCCGUCACUUUGGCUCUGCAGGAGGGGAAAAAUGCCAUCUUUCGGGCUGUGGUAUGCGGGGAGCCCAGACCCAAGGUGCAUUGGGAGCGCACGAAAGGUGAUCUCAGUGAUCCCAGCAAGUACCAAAUCUCUUCUGCCCCUGGCAGCAAGGAGCAUGUCCUGCAGAUCAUCAAGCUGACAGGCGAGGACACAGACCUGUACCGCUGCAGAGCAGUGAACAUGUGCGGAGAGGCUUCGUGCUCCGCGAGGCUCACCGUCAUUGAAGUUGGCUUUCGGAAGAGUCGGAAGAGGCAGAACGAACCCCCAGAGGACCUCAGAAAGGAGCUGAUAGACUUCCGGAAGAUGCUGAAAAAGAGGGCCCCGCUCCCAGCCCCAGAGAAGAAGAUAGACCUGGAGCAGGUGUGGCAGCUGCUGAUGACUGCGGACCGGAAAGACUACGAACGGAUUUGCAUGAAGUACGGCGUCGUGGACUACCGGGGCAUGCUGCACGAGCUGCAGGUGAUGCCGAAGGAGCGCGAGGUCAAGAUGGCGCAGUACAUCAACGCCAUCUUCAACUUGAGACACAUCAAGGUCACCAAGGACGGGAUCGCAACGUUUGACCUGGAGCUGGAUCUCAAGAAUCCUGAGAGCAAGAUUUACUUGUAUAAGGAUGGCGAGAUGAUUCCCUUCGGCUUUGACAACCAGACCAAGCACUGCCUGCGGCAGCUGGGGAAACGCUACCACUUCCAGAUCCGGGACCUGCAGCCUGAGGACGCGGGCAUUUACCAGGUCAGGGUGGAGGAUGCCGAAGUCUUCUCCACGGAGCUGGAGGCCAGCACCAUCCCGCCCAGGGUAGUGGUCCCUCUGACCGAGGUCCGCUGCCAGCAGCAGGAAAGGGCUGUCUUUGAGUGCAUUCUCUCAAGCCCCUGCCCCAAUGCCACCUGGCAUUUCCAGCAUCGGCCAUUCCAGCGCAGCGAUAAAUAUGAAGUGACUGUGUCCCCCGACGGGCUGACCCACCGGCUGGUGGUAAAAGGGGCCCAUUUCUCAGACAUGGGCCUCUAUUCACUGGUCACCGGGCUCCAUGCCUCCAGUGCCUGGCUGGUGGUUGAAGCUGGGAAGGAUAAAGGCCUUCUGACCACCAGUGAUGACCGCCAUCAUCUGGGCAGCAAGAGAGGUGGCACAAUAGGAAGGGCGAAUGUCUACGGCGGGGGGGCGGAUGCCCGCCAAAGUCCCGGAUCUGGACACAAGCCCAGCACUGGCAGUUUCUCCAAGGAGGCCCGAGUCCCCAGGGGCCACUUCUCCCAGGGCCUGGCUGACACAGAAGCCAAGCAAGGGGAGGCUACCAUGCUUUCCUGCACCCUCACCCGUGACCUGGGACCUGGAGCCUGGUUUAAGGAUGGAGUCAAGCUCACUGCCCAGGAUGGAGUCAUCUUUGAGCAAGACAGUCUUGUGCACAGACUCCUCAUUGCCUGUGUGCAGGGGACCCAGGCCGGGAGGUACACGUCUGUAGCCGGCAACCAGCAGAGCGAGGCCACCCUAACCGUCCACGACCCCCCCACCAUCGCUCCAAAUGUGACAGAGAAACUGAGAGAGCCACUGGUGGCCAAGGCUGGGAAACCGGUGGCAGUGAAGAUUCCCUUUGAGAGUCGUCUUCCGGUUCAAGCUACCUGGAGGAAGGACAGGGCUGUGGUGCUGGAUGGCAGCAGCGGCGGGGUCCAGGUGGCCCUGGGAGACGGCUUCACUCGGCUGUGCCUCCCCAGCGCCAGCAGAAAGGACCGUGGUGAGUACAGCGUUACGCUGAGGAGCAACGGAGGCUCUGCACAGGCCAAGCUCACCCUGCAGGUCAUAGACAAGCCCCAGCCCCCACAGGGCCCCCUGGAGGUGCAGGAUGGCCACAGGGCUGGUGUCUGCCUCCGCUGGCAGGCUCCACGCCAUGAUGGGGGCCGGGCCAUACAGCACUACGUGGUGGAGAGGCGGCAGGCUGGCAGGAGCGCGUGGCUGAAGGUGGGCGAGCCUCCCACAGACAGCACCACCUUCACCGAUGCCCACGUGGAGCAGGGCAGGAAGUAUGCCUUCCGAGUGCUUGCUGCGACCUCUGAGGGAGCUGGAGAGGCCCUGCAAUCCGAGGAGGUGCUGGUUGCUCCUGAGGCUCUCCCCAGGCCCCCUUCUGCCCCAGCCAUCCUGUCAGCCUCCAGCCAGGGCAUCACGCUGACAUGGACAGCGCCUCAGGGCCCUGGCAGUGCCCACCUCCUGGGCUACCUGAUUGAGAAGCGCAAGAAGGGAAGUAACACCUGGAUGGCAGUGAACCACCAGCCCGUGCCUGAGAGGAAGUGGACGGUGGUGGACCUGUGGCAGGGCUGUCAGUACGAGUUCCGGGUCACGGCCGUGGCUCCCCCAGGCCCCGGAGAGCCUGGACCCCCAUCGGAGGCCGUCUUUGCUCGGGACCCCAUGAGACCCCCAGGGCCUGUGUGGAACCUCCAAGUGAUAGACGCAUCGAACACCAGCAUUACCCUGAGCUGGGCCUGACCAGACACCCAAGAUGGGGACGAAGCCCUGGGGUAUGUGGUAGAGUUGUGUGGCUCACACAGUCUCCAAUGGAGCCCGUGCCACACGGGCACCGUGGCAGAAACCACCUACACAGCCAAGGGGCUCCGGGCCCGAGAGGGCUACUUCGUGCGAGUGACAGCUGUUAAUGAUGGGGGACGUGGCCAGCCCACAGCCCUGGACAUGUUAGUGCAAGCCAUGCCCAUUUCUGUCCAUCCCAAGUUCCUUAAGGACUCCAGCACAAAGGACUUGCUGACAGUCAGGGCUGGGGACACGGUUCGUGUGCCUGUUCCAUUUGAGGCUGCCCCCCUGCCUGAGGUGACCUGGCUGAAGGAUGGCUUGCCCUUGCCCAAAAGAAGUGUGACCACCACUAAGGACAGCCUCACCCAGCUUCUGAUUCCUGUGGCCAGCCUCUCCGACAGCGGCCUCUACACCGUGGUGCUGAGAAACCUGCAGGGAAAGGAGGCUACUUACAACUUCCAUGUUAGGGUGGCAGCGUGCCCGCGGGCACCGGGGCCCAUCCAUCUGCAGGAAAACGUGCCUGGGAUGGUGACCGCCGAGUGGGAGCCGUCCCCGGACGAGGCCGAGACCGGGGGUGGCCCGCUGCACUACACGGUGCUCACGCGCUCCGCCGCAAAGGGCUCCUGGUGGGAGGUGGCUGACCGUGUCCACACCAACCGCUUCACCCUCCUAAACGUCCUCCCUGGCCACGAGUACCACUUCCGGGUGGUGGCCAAGAACCAGCUGGGGGCCAGCAGACCCUCAGACACCAGACAGCCCUGGUACAUCCCCCGGCGUCGAGGUAGGUUCACGGUGAAGGCUCCAAGCUACCAGGAGCCCAACCUAAGCCAGAAGCCCUGGUUCCCGGUGGGCCUGCGGGUUCACCUGCUGCCACAGGGCUCCGAGUGCUGCAUGAGCUGUGCCGUGCGGGGCUCUCCCAGACCUCACGUCACCUGGUUCAAAGAUGAUCAGAGCCUGGAAGGAAACCCUGCGGUCUACAGCACCAAUGUGCUGGGCGUGUGCUCCCUGAUCAUCCCCAGCGUGUCCCUCAAGGACAGUGGCCAGUACAAGGCUGUGGCUGAAAACACACUGGGCCAGGCUGUCAGCACAGCCACCCUCAUCGUCAUAGGCUGCAGCUCAGCAGCCAAUCAGAAGCCGGUUGCCCUGAUGACCCUUCCCGGCCGCUUUGGGCCCGGGGCGCACUGGGCUCUCGCGCUGUGGGACGCGCCGAGGGGUGGUCGCAGGCCGGGGCCUAGCCUUGUGUGGCGCAGGCAUGGCGUUGAGGCACUCACAGCGGUCGGCGUGGGGCUGCAGGCUUGGCUGCUCACGUCCCAGCUGCAGACACUGGGGGCCACGGUGCAGAGGCUGCAGGACAGUCCGGACAAGCUCAGCGAGCAAAUCCUGAUGAGGCAAAGGAACAGACAUUGUCAUCUGGGCAAUUCCCCUUUUGCUCUGGCCAAGGAGCCGCCUGGAGAUGGGACACUUCACGGGUGGGUGAUGGACAGAGGGGCCCAGAGACAGGAAUGA